GGUUGCGACACCCCGGUGGGGAUAGCGCGUCUCGCUCACAAUGAGAUAGUGUUGGAUAACAGGUGCCAGUGUUGUGACUGUGUUUUUGUGGGAUGUGAUUUACUUUUACUCGGCGAAUUGCAUCACUGUGGAUAAUAGAAUGCCCAAAAACUGAAUCAGCAUGGGAAUCCUAACAGCUGCAUCGACGGCUGCGAAAGCGGCCCUCACCAUCGGAGGUCUAAGCAAACUGACUUUCAUCCCUGCCAUGCUCGCCGCGAUGGCAUACUUCAACUACGACAUCCUCGACCCAGAGAACAGACCAUUCAACCAAAAGUACCUGAGAGAGGAAUACGACUUCAUAGUCGUUGGAGGUGGCUCAGCUGGUGCCGUUGUAGCCAAUAGACUAUCAGAAAUCGAAGGCUGGAAUGUACUGUUACUGGAAGCUGGUGGACACGAAACUGACAUAAGCGACGUGCCCCUACUCUCUUUGUAUUUGCAUAAAAGUAAACUGGAUUGGAAAUACAGAACCCAACCACAAGAUUCAGCAUGUCAAGCUAUGAAGGAUAAGCGUUGUUCCUGGACAAAAGGAAAAGUUCUGGGCGGAUCGUCUGUUCUAAAUACUAUGCUUUACAUCAGAGGAAAUAAACGCGAUUUCGACCAAUGGGAGGCAUUUGGCAACCCUGGCUGGGGUUACAAAGACGUACUCCCAUAUUUCAAGAAAUCAGAAGAUCAACGUAAUCCCUACUUGGCCAAAGAUACUAAACACCAUUCCAUCGGUGGAUAUCUAUCAGUGCAAGAUGCCCCUUACAACACUCCAAUUGGAGCUUCGUUCCUACAAGCAGGAGAAGAAAUGGGCUACGAUAUAAUUGAUGUAAACGGCAACCAGCAAACUGGAUAUGGCUGGUAUCAAUUCACCAUGAGAAGAGGAACAAGAUGUUCAACAGCAAAGGCUUUCCUUCGACCAAUUAGAUUGCGUCAAAACUUGCAUAUCGCUUUAUUCGCUCACGUCACAAAAGUUUUAAUCGACAAAGAUUCAAAGCGUGCUUAUGGUGUCGAAUUUAUUAGAGAUAAUAAGAAACAAGUUGUUUACGCAAAAAGAGAGGUCAUCCUAUCGGCUGGUGCAAUCGCUUCGCCACAUCUAUUAAUGUUAUCUGGAGUUGGUCCGGCACAACAUUUACGAGAAGUCGGCGUUGAGGUCAUGUAUGAUUCUCCAGGUGUUGGAAGAAAUUUACAAGAUCACAUUGCCGUAGGAGGAAUAGUAUUUCAAGUCGACUAUCCUAUUAGCUUAGUUAUGAAUAGACUUGUAAACAUAAACUCCGCUUUACGUUAUGCUGUGUCAGAAGACGGACCACUCACUUCUAGUAUAGGGCUAGAAGUAGUAGCUUUCAUUAAUACCAAAUAUGCGAACGCAACAGAGGAUUGGCCAGAUAUAGAAUUUAUGAUGACCUCUGCUUCCACACCUUCAGAUGGCGGAACACAAGUUAAGAAAGCUCAUAGUUUAACAGACGAGUUUUACGAAGAAGUGUUUGGUCAUAUCACAAAUAAGGAUGUAUUUGGUAUAUUCCCAAUGAUGCUUCGGCCAAAGAGCCGUGGUUUUAUAAAACUACGAUCCAAAAAUCCAUUAGAUUAUCCUCUUAUGUACCAUAACUAUUUAACGCAUCCUGAUGAUGUAGGAGUAUUGCGAGAGGGAGUUAAAGCUGCUUUGGCAGUUGCUGAAACUAAAGCUAUGAAACGUUUGGGCGCUAGAUUCAAUAGUAAACCAGUGCCUAAUUGUAAGCAUCUACCUCUUUACACAGACGAGUAUUGGGAUUGUUACAUCAGGCAAUAUACUAUGACAAUUUAUCACUUGUCUUGUACUGCUAAAAUGGGUCCAUCCACGGAUCCCAUGGCAGUUGUGGAUCCAAAACUAAGAGUUUAUGGCAUAGAAGGUCUGCGUGUGAUAGAUGCAAGUAUAAUGCCUCGAGUAACAAAUGGAAAUAUAAAUGCUCCUGUUAUUAUGAUAGCUGAGAAAGGCAGUGACUUAAUAAAGGAGACUUGGUUAAAUAAACGACAAAGGAGGAGCACUAGAUCAUUGAAAUGCUCCCGGUUAGAACAAAUCUUGUUAGGGAAAAAAUCUGCGACAUGUGCAGUAGAAAGGUGACACUCUUGAAAUACAUAUAAGUAGCUAAACGAGGCCAUUGUUAAUUAAUUUUAGUUACCAAAUAGAACUUUCUUACAGGCGUUUUUAUCCGUUAUUGUAUGUGUAUUUUAGUCGGUUUCUUUUCUCUAGUCCCCUGAGCGGUACCAAACCUCAAAAUAGUAGGCAAUAGUAAAAUUCAUUGUAUGUUAUUUUGGUGUAAAGAUAUAAGCUAAAUGGUUAGGUUAAUAGAAAGACUUUGGUGAUAAGAAUCUUGUGUAAAUGGUAUUAUAGUAAUAAGUAGUAACGAUUAAGUGUAAAUAAAUCUUAUAUUAUAA